GCCCCGGGGCGGCCGGCGGGGAAGGGGGGCCCCACAACAUGGCGGAGGGGCCGGGGGCCGGAGGAUGAGGAGGAGGAGGAGGAAGGGAUUUACCCAUCACUGAGUCUCUGCUGUUUCCUCGCAUACAUUACCAUCAAUGCCCGGCCUGUAGUGCAGAAGGCUGUUGCUGAGAAGGGGACCUCAGGAAGCCGUGGCAGAGCUCGGGGAGAGGAGUGGAGGAUGACUCAGCCGGGAGCUAUUCUUCAGGGUUACAAUAACGAGCUAGUAAAAUACAUUGAAGACUUGUGUCUGCAAAAAGAGGAGCUGAACAAACAAAUCCAGCAAGCAGAAGAGGAAAAAAAUAAGCUCCAGCAUGAAAUUCAAACCCUGAAUGAACAAUUGGAGCAUGUGUGUGAAAACCUGGACCAGAAGAUAGCUUUGCGGAAUGAUCUUAGUAAAAUUCUUAAUGAAGCUGAAACUGCUUACAUGAAGAUUUUGGAUAGUUCUAGAACUUUGCUUAAUGUCCUGAAGAAGGAGGUGGGAGACUUAAAGCAUACACCAGAACUGAAAAGUAACGUAACGUGAAACUGUCAAGUGCUUGGACUCCAAAGUACUAAAAUUCUGCUAGGUGAGACAUGGCUAGCUGCAGAACUCUACCUCAGCAGUAUAAAUAGAGAGGGACUUUUCCUCCAACCUUCCCAUACCAUUCCCAUGAUUUUUAAAUGCAUUAGAAAAAAUGUAGAUUAAAUAGAUGAAAUAAAGUUGCUGUUUUGUUACUAACAAAA